AUGGCGCGCACUCCGUGUCCGCAGGCGCGUCCGGUACGACAGACGCGUCCGCUGCGUCGGGCGGCUCUGUGUCGACGCUGGGGCCUCCACGAUCCACGGGAACGUCAACGUGCACCUGGACCUGAACACGAACGCGCUGAGCGUGGACAGCUGCACCACCAGACGGAGAUCGAGGUGACAGUGGCCAAGUGCGACCCGCACGCGCUGUUCAAGAGCCACGCGGCGCCGUCCAGCAACCGGAACACGCUCCUCUGGGACAUUGGCGACGUGGGGGCGGGCUGGAAGCCUCGAGUUGCCCCAGCGCGUUGGCCGAAGGUGUUCGUGUCGGGUGGCGCUGAGUUGUUCCACCGCCUGGCUGGCGGCCAGCACCGCGGUUGCAUUGUGGACUGGACUCCAGAUCUUCCCGCCGUUUGCUCGCCCAGGAUGCUGCGUCGCUCGGGGACUGCUGAAGAGUCUCACAGUAGCGGCGACGGCGGCGACGUGGGCACGGGAUACCGCGACAGCGCCACCUUGUCCUCAGAAGACUUGGCGGAGGAGCACGAAGCUGCUCCACCAGCGCUGUCUGUGUGCUCUUCGGUCUGGCCGCCGACAGCGUCCAUCACGUCCGCUGAGAGAUCAGCAACCUCCGUGUUCCACGACCAGAGUUUCUCGGGAAGGAAGCUGAAGCUGCUGGAUUCCGGUCUGUCGUCACUGAGUCCAUCGACGCUUGCUCAGCGUGCGCUGGCCAAGGAGAAGAAGAACAAGAAGUGCGAGCAGCUAUCGGCGGCGCCACCCGCCCUACACAACCUUCUCAAUCAGAUGCAGGAGUCGCUGGCAACUCUGGAUACCCGCGAUACCGGGCUGCAGUUCCCAUCGGACAAGGUGCUACCGAAGGCACAAGUGGACGUGGCCAAGGCGUACGAGUCACUUCAAAAGAGACUGGUAGAGCUGCUCGGCAAGCGCUGCAAGCGUCUGCUGCUGCAGCUGUACAAGCUGUCGUACACAGUCAAGCUGUUGGGCUCGGUCGCACUGCUCAACCCGCUGCAUUCGUACCUGGCGUUCGAAGGCCUGGGGGAGAGGCCCACGCAGGAUUCCCGCGCUCAAGGAUUCCGACAUCUUUCCGCGUUGAUGUAA